GCAUUUUAAACUGACAACCAGACAACCACUUUGUUUUUGUUCUAUCACAACAAAAAGUUAAUAACUAAUAAGAUAAAAAGCCGCAACGUUCCGAAACAAAGCAAUAUUGUUGCGAUUUCGCUUGGGGCGUGGCCGAGAUAACUCCGCUGAGGAGGAGCAGCGAGUGCAACAACAACAACAACGUGGCACAGGGACACCAGGAAAGGCGUCGAAAAUGAAGAGCAACGUAAACCAGGGGGGAUACGCGCCCCCGGGCUUUGGAGCCGGAUACCAGCCCAAUGCUCCUCCGGCCGAAGGAUUCGGGUAUCCGCCUCCCCAGCCGCAUCAAUCCGCUCCAUAUUCGCCGCCGCCAGGGCAUCCACAGGGACCGCCGCCCAUGAAUUACGGUUUUGUGCCUGGUCAACAUCAGUCAGGCGGCUACGCUCCAGUUCCACAGAUGCCGCCCUACGGAGAAGCACCGCCUUAUGGAGCCGGACAGCCGCCAUAUAUGGGUGGCGGACCACCACAGCCACAGGGUUUUGGAGGAUAUCCACCAGGUCCGGCAGGACCGCCGCAGGGUUUUGGAGGAUAUCCACCGGGACAGCCGCAACAGCCAGUGAUCACGCAACCAGGAAUGGGACCAGGAAUGGGUGGUCCAGGCAUGCCAGCAGGAAUGGGACAAGGCGGACCAGCGGGCGACUGGAUGAGUAUACCUUCCGGAAUUCCGAACUGUCCGCGCGGAUUGGAGUACCUUACGACUAUCGACCAGCUUUUGGUUAAGCAAAAGGUCGAGCUCCUCGAGGCCUUCACCGGCUUCGAGACCAACAACAAGUUCUCGAUCAAGAAUGCCCUCGGCCAGAAGGUCUACUACGCGGUGGAGGACAAUGACUGUUGCACGAGGAAUUGCUGUGGUCCCUCGCGACCCUUUGACAUGCGUGUUUUUGACAAUUAUCAGCAGGAAGUGAUCCAUAUGCAUCGUCCCUUGGCCUGCUCUUCGUGCCUGUUUCCCUGCUGCCUGCAGAGUAUUGAGGUUUCGGCACCGCCAGGCAAUGUCAUUGGCACCAUUGAGCAGGAGUGGUCCAUCUGCUCGCCCUCGUUCCGUAUCCUGAAUCACAUUGGGGAUACAGUGUUGCGUAUUCAGGGACCUUUUUGCACGUUUUCGCUGUGCGGAGAUGUGGAGUUUGAAGUGCUUUCCCUAACGGGCGAGAAGGUGGGCAAGAUCUCUAAGCAGUGGUCAGGCUUGGCACGUGAAAUCUUCACGGAUGCAGACUUCUUUGGCAUCAGUUUUCCGCUGGAUUUGGAUGUGCGCAUGAAGGCGGUGUUGCUGGGCGCCACAUUCCUGAUUGAUGCCAUGUUCUUUGAGAAACAAGGCAACCAGGAGACAGAUCGCCCUGGAAUGCUUUAGAACUCGUGCGACUGGUGCUGCGACUGUGGCUUUGAGCUGGCCAAUGGCUGCUUUGACUUCUAGGAAUCAGUUUCUACCGCUGUAACUCUCUCUCUGUAUCUUCCCUGUGAACUGUCGCGUACUAGUCUUCGAAACCAAAUGCUUUUUUUGAUGGAAAUGGAAACGCACUUACGGAACUCCUUUGUUAACGUUUAUGGAAAAUCCGCAACUGGAAAUAAAAUAAAACUCAGGCGUAGCCAAGAUAUUCAUAUAGCUCUUAUACUUAAGUUAUAAAGCAUUUCUAGCCAUCUAUCAGCUUCCUUCAUGAAUUUACUAGGAAGUUGGCUUGACGAAGAAGCUUACCAACGAACUAAACUAAAGGAAAAUAAAACAAUGUACUUUAAACCUUAACUGAGUGUCUUAUGUAUAGAGAAGCAUAUAUAUAGCCUACGUUUUGUAUUGUUAAGCUGGCUGGAAAUAUACAAAUACCCUAUAAAAAUACCCUUUUCUAUAUAAACAAAGAUAUUUAUGUAUUCUUUUUAUGUAUUUCUUGAAGGUUAAAUAAAUGUGUCCAACUUAUAAA